UUGAUGUUUUCUUCAAAUAAAUUAAAUACAUGGGUGAAAGUAACAUUUUUGACAAAAAUGUAGUUAUUUUUUGGCUAAAAUAUUAUUAUUAUUUUUUUUUUUUGGGGGGGGGGAAUAAGUUUUGGUAAAAAUCUGAAAAUAGGGUAAGUUUUGGUGAAAAUAACAUUUUGGACAAAAAUGUACUUAGUUUUUGGAUAAAAUAAGUUAUUUUCGCGGAAAUAAGUUUUGGUAAAAAUCUGAAAAUAGUUAGGGUUAGUUUUGGCGAAAAUAACAUUUUUGUCAAACAUGUAGUUAGUUUUGGGCUAGAAUAAAGGUUUUUCGCGAAAGUUUUGGCGAAAAUAACAUUUUUGACAAAAAUGUAGUUAGUUUUGAAUAAAAUACAGUUGUUUUGUGAAAAUAACAUUUUGAUAAAAAUCUGAAAAUAUGGUUAGUUUUUUUUUCAAAAAUGUAGUAAAUUUUUGGAUAAAAUAAAAUUAUUUUCGCGAAAAUAACAUUUGGAUAUAAAAUUGGUUACUUUUGGCGAAAAACUAUCCGAAAACACAGAACUUUCUUCUACUCGACCCAUUUGCAUGGGUGUUUGGUUGAGCUUUUUAACCCUCGCCAUCGGGUUAUACUAGUUACAAGUUAUACUCAUUCGACGAGCACACCACGAUUUACAUUUUAGGCUCAGCCUGUCAUAGGCAUACAUGCCGGCAUCUCCUUUAAGUUGUAGGACAUAUCUUUGAUUGUUCACUUUAGUUUUAUCGUGUACCUGCUGCAGUAGCAAUAACGGUCUUGUAUUAUGGGUCAUUGUCAUCAACUUAAUCCGCUUAGCAUAUGAUGGUUGGUGUAAUAUUGUUAAAAAUGAAAUGUAUGGUAAAUUGCCAUAUAAAACUGUUCAACCUGGUGUAUGUAAAAAUAAUUCUUUUAGAAAGCCUAAACCUUGGUGGAAUGAUGAAUUGAGUGAUAUGUUUAAUCUUGUUCAUGCUGCAGAAAAGAAAUGGAUGCAAUGUCAAAAUAGAUUUACAAAAACUUUGUUAAAACAUGAUUAUUGUAGUAUUAGGGAACAAUUUGAUAAAAAGGUUCAAAAAUGCAAACGUGCACACUGGCACAAAACACAGAGUGAUUUGCUCUUUGAUUUAGAAGAUGAUCAAAAAGAGUUCUGGAAAAAGAUUAGUAAAAUUGGGAUUGUAUCAGAUCGUAAUAAUUCAAUACCAAUGCAUGUUGUACUUGAGGAUGGAAGUGUAUCUGAUGAUGUUAAAACUGUACUUAUAAAAUGGCAAAAAGAUUUCAGUAAGUUACUAAACGUUGAACAUGAUGUACACAUGAAUGAAACGAAUAUGGGAAAUGUACCAAAUGCUGUUAAUUUUGACCUUGAUGUUGGUAUAAGUAUUAAUGAAAUUGUCAAAGCUGUUGGGAAUGCUAAGCAAUGUAAAGCAGCAGGUGUUGACUGUAUACCAUCCGAAACUCUGAAAAAUGAAACUGCCAUUAUAGUUCUACAUAGUCUUUUUAAUGUAUGUUUUCAUACUGGAAUAAUACCGAAGCUUUGGUCCAGAAGUAUUAUAAACCCGAUUCCUAAAUCUAGUUGUAAAAAUCCAAACGACCCCCUAUCCUAUAGAGGCAUUACACUAGCUCCUAGUAUGUACAAAAUGUAUACCAGCAUAUUGAAUGAACGUAUUGUAAAAUGGACUGAUGAUAAUGAUCAAAUUGCUGAUGAGCAAAACGGCUUCCGAAAGAAACGUAGUACAAUAGAUCAUAUCUCGAGUUUGACAAAUCUUGUUGACACACGAAAGAAAAAUAAGCAAUGUACUUUUUGUGCUUUUAUUGAUUUUAGUAAAGCGUUCGACUCGGUCAACAGAAAUUUGCUUUGGAAAAUAUUUGGAAAAUAUUGGCAUGACAACCAAAAUGCUUUCAGCAGUGAAAUCCCUGUAUCACGAUAUUUCAUCCUGUGUCCGAAUCAAUGGCCACUAUACAGAAUGGUUUAGCAUAAAUACUGGCCUGCGACAGGGCUGUUCUUUGUCAACUGUACUUUUCAGUUUAUACUUAAAUGACUUCACAUAAAUGCUUAAAAGUUUGGGAAAAGGUAUAGAAAUAGGCAAUGAAAAAUUGUGUAUACUACUAUAUGCAGAUGACAUUGUUCUUAUAGCAGAGAAUGCAAAUGACCUGCAAGCCAUGUUAUCAACUUUAAAUUCUUGGUGCAAUUCAAACGAUAUGAAUGUUGUACAUUUUAGACCAAAUUCAGUGAAACGUUCUGACUAUGUUUUUUAAAUGUGGUACAUCCACUAUAGAAUAUUCAGAUAGAUAUGUAUAUCUUGGUGUAACACUCACAGAACAUAUAGACUUUAAUAUAACCGCUAAAAUUGUUGCCCAAAGUGCUGGUCGUGCCUUGGGACUUCUCAUCGCUAAGUUUAAAAAACAAUGGUGGUUUUCCAUUUGACGUGUAUUCAAAGCUUUAUUACUCCUGUGUAGUGCCUAUAAUAACAUAUGGGGCUGCUGUUUGGGGAACAAGGUCUUUUUCAUGUAUAAAUGCAAUACAUCACAGAGCAAUGAGGUUUUUCCUAUGCACAGGCAAAUAUACCCCUAAUGCUGCAGUUUAUGGAGAUAUGGAUUGGAAACCAAUCAUUGUUGAUCAAUGGAAAUCAGUCUGUAAUCAUUGGAAUAGAUGUCUCAAAAAUUAGCAAGAAAGUAUUUGAUUGGGCUGCAGUAAAAGGAAAUAUUAGAUGUAGAAAUUGGGCAUUUGCUGUAAAGGAUAAAUUGUUGUCUCUGAAUCUGAAUUCAUAUCUCCAGCUACCAUUUUCAUAUAGUAAACUUGUUUCAGAUCUGACAGAUGCAAUGUUUAAAAAAAACAUGUUGAGUUAUGGAAGAAUGAUGUGAAUAUAAACUUUAGAAAACUUAGAACAUAUAAAUGGUAUAAGCACUCAUAUGAAACUAAACUGUAGUGUAAAUUGAGUUUUUCUUUUCCACAUAGAUCUGCUCUAGCUAAGUUUAGAUGCGGGGUUGCACCCCUGAGUAUUGAAACAGGUCGUUAUCAGAAUAUUCCAGAAAUGGAAAGGGUAUGCCCCUUCUGCACUGAUGUUGUCGAGUCUGAAAAACAUGUUAUUCUACAUUAUCCAACAUACAAUGAGCAUAGAAAGUUACUCAUUGAUAAAUGUAAAACGUUAGUUUCAAACUAUGGUAGUUUAAAUGAUGAUGAUAAGUUCAUACUUAUAUUCACCCAUCCAGAUUUAACUAGAACAUAAGCCAAAACCUGUCAUGAGAUUUUAACCGUUAGAAACAAUAUGUUGUAUCAAUCGGAACUCCUCGGCUAGUAUCAAGAUAUGGCCUCGGAUAUAAUACGGGUCGUAAGAAAAUAGUCCAUCAUGGCCGACCAAGAAGAUGUUCAAACAACCAAGAGAUAUGUUAGUCCAAAGACAGAAUAAGGAGCGAACUUUUACCACUUAUUUGUGUGUAAGUGUUAUUUUUAUACUUAUUGUAUUUUAAUAAAAUAUAAAAAUUGUUUUAAAAGAGCCCUAAUGAGAAACUAAUUGGAAAUGCCAUUAAUUCUUAGUGGGUGGGGUAAAGUCUUCUUUCAUUUGACAGAUUCAAAUAUAGUAAAUAACAAUUUUGAAGCUCCAGUGAUCAGUGGCAAAAAAUAAGAAAACAAAUACUCUAUUUGAUUUUUUUUUAAUAACAAAUAAGUCUGAAUCUGACUUUACUUAGAUCGAUAAUAGGUUAGACUUUCUUUCUCAGUGUAUUUAUCUCAUACAUUUCAUAUCAUUAACUUUCAUUUUUUAUAAUUAAAAUUUACAUUCUUUUAGCCAAGGAUGUAUGGUUUAUAUGUCCGUGAGUGUUGGUAUCGAACAACUUAAUGUAAUGGCACAAUUGAAUGCCUCGGCCUGCUCACUAAUAUAGUUCUCUAAAUAAAUUAGAUCUUCAUUCUAUUGGUUAAACAAAAUGAGUUUGAAUGCAUAAACCAGCAUACAUUUCUUUCAAGACUAAAUUCUAUGAUAUCCACCAUGGCGGUGAUGCAGAAACAUUGAAAAAUGCUGACAUUUUUACUGUGCCAAUGAAAUGCAGACAUUUAAAAUUUAAUCUUAUUGUCAUUUUCAGAGAAGAGUAUGGUACCAGGGGUACAGCUGACUCUGAUUCCCGGCUUCUUCUAAUGAAAAUAGGCAGAUGAGGCACUGGACUCCGAAUGUAAUCAAAAAUGCCAUUGUAUGAGGAUUGACCUGCAAUGCAUGGAAAUCAUCUAACACAACUGCAACACCUACCUUGGAAAAAUGAGUGCAAGAUGGAAACAAAGCGUUCAGUGGAACAUCUUGUCAUCUCAAAUAUUUGAUGACUUACAUACUGAUGUGAAGUUGAAGAUAAAAGUCAUCUGUUGGUCCGUGAUUAUUAAAUAAAUCCGAACAUAUAUUUUAAAAGGGUUUUCCUAUAUUAUGGAGGGAAGAUAACUACAAAAACAGAAACAGAUGGCAUCGGCAGACCAAAUAAAGGAGAACUAUUUUGUUCAGUUCAAUUCUUAAGAUUUCAGAAAAUCUGUUAAUAGGGCACAUCCUUGCAAAUGCCAUAUUGUAAACUGGGCUCUUUAAAAUGUGAAAAGGUCAAAGUGGUCUACAGGAUAAGCCUCAAAUUCAAGGUUGUGAGUUCAAGACCUCCAAGAUACUUUCUCUCGACCUCAGGAAAAGGAUGUCCAUACUUGUUUCUACUUAGGCAACAGACUUAAGAGUGAUUUUGUAAGCUUCCAGCUUGCAUAGCAAUCUGAUAAGGCAUAAAAUAAGAUACUAGCUGACUUGCAAACAAUUUUUCCAUUUGUGUUGAUUUAUUUUUCAGUCUGUUGGAAUGUUUAUUAGAAGUGAUGCGCAUUGCUUACUGCAACCACAAUUUAUUUUCUUUAUUAAGUUAAAUUUAACGAACACAUAACAUGACUUGUGAUUUUAAAGAUGCAUGUUUAUUUCGUUGAUUGUAUGAGUUUAUUUUCUCAAAUGAUGUAAUAAAAGUUAUUCUGAAUGACUGUCCUUUUUUGUUUGAAGAAAAUGUGUUGAGGUUUUGGCAUAGCAUAGUGUCAUCAUCAUCAUCAUCAUCAUCAUUGUUGUGUACAAAUAAAACAUUCAAAACAAUGUAAUUAAAACCAAACUGUCAAGCCAAGUACUCAAAGAGGCACAAGGAUAUUGCUAAAGAGACCGGUAAUACAUUUAGACAAAUAAAAUGCAAAGAAAUAUCUAUAUUUCUGACACAUGGUAAUGCUUUAAAUAGUCCUCUCAUUGUGUGUUUAUGGUUAAAGUGGAGACAUACAGUAUUUUUUAUAAUGAAGACUUAAAUUUGUAUGGCAACUUAAAGCCAUAUAUGGGGAUUAAACGCCAGAAAUAUUGUGAAGUCUCCCAAAAGACUCAAUGCACUUAAAAGGGCUUGGCACAGAAAUGAAAGUAAAAAUGGGAGCAAAACCUAAUUUAUCAUUAAUUUUACAUUGGAUUGCAUACAGAUGGCUCUGUUAUUACUUGACUAAUAUUAAAAAUAAAUUUAAGAGACAUGUUGAUCCAAACUGUAAUUAUUCUUGUUUGCAUUUUAUGGAGUUGGACAUAAAAGAGUCAUUUGAUGAAGAGUGAUCUAAAGGCUAAUUAUUCAAAAUAGAUUAAGUAUUAUUGAAAAAAGUCUGGUAUACAUUGCUGAAAAGCUUAGUAACCUGGCUAAAUAUUUGUUUAAGGCCUUUAUUUACAAAAAAAUAAAUCAGUUGAGUAUCUUAUCAGGUACUCUUUUGGUGUUGUUGUUUUUAAUAAAAAAUGACAAUUUACUCAAAGAUAUUGAGACUAAUAAUUAAAGAUUAAGACAAAUAUAAUGUGUAAGGAAACUUCUAAUGAGUGGGUUUAUCCACAGCUUAGGUGGUAAAGUGAAGCAUGAUCUGCCUUGAACAAAUACAAUUUUAAGACAAGUUCUGUCAACUUAGUGCACCAGUCAAUUGUAACACCCCCCCCCCCCACUCCAGGUCCGGGGGAAUACUGGGGUUAACCCGGGGAAAUGGGCCGUGAUUUACCUAUCAGGUGGCCCUGCAGUGCUGGGUGAAUGCGGUGGUUUUAUGUUCGCUUAAAAUAUAGAGGGGAAUGGACCUUACCUAGAGUCCCUGGGGUGUGGGGGCAUUUGGCAGGGAUUUUGCCAUUGGAUCGUCCGCGCAGGGUGGGGAUUUUAGCCGGGGUUGGCUGUACUGAAAGUCAAAGUCCCCACUAUUCACCAGACCUGGGGGGCCGUGGUUACAAUUGUCUGGUGCAUAUCCACAUGAACGUUGUACUGGUACUCUAACAAUUGAGCUUACUGCGUGGAUAGUCACCACCCCACCCCAACCCCACAGAACUGUUUACACAAAAAAAUCUGCAGCCCAAACCCAACAAUGCUGAAGUAAAGGUAUGCAUAGAUUUCAGCUGGUAAAGCUGACUGGGUGCCAAGCUCACACCCAUCCUACCACAACCCACAAAACUCUGCACAAGGCAAUCAAUGAUUUUACAGAAUAGUAAUGUUGUAUUAAUGGCAAGGCAUGGUGUGAAAAAUAACACGGCAAAGUAUGACU